AUGUUGCGCCAUGCGUCAUCGUCCACCGAGAAACGAUACGGCCUCGACGGCGUCGAAGGCCUCGUCCCAGCAGUGGCGAGCCUGAUUGAUCGAAGCGCGGAGAAACAUGGUGUCAACCACGGGGUCGUCGGCAGCUGCCAUCGUGGGCGCCUAGCUUUGUGUGGCACUGUUUACAAGAAGCCUUUGGAAGGGCUAUUUGCCGAGUUCAUGGGGCGCCCAGGAUGGGGCCUCUUGCCUGGCAGCUGUGGUGACGUCAAGACUCACCUGGGGUUCGAGGGUGAGCACCAAACUCCCGAAGGGAAAAAAGUCGACAUCUCAGUAAUUGCCAACCCUUCCCACCUCGAGUCGGUCAGUCCUAUUUCACAGGGCAGCACCCAUGCAACGCAGAGGCUCACUAGACCUGACGGCAUUGACAAGACACUCUGUCUGGCACUCCAUGGCGAUGCAGCUUUUACGGGUCAAGGUGUUGUUUGCGAAACCUUGAGCCUAGCGCACCUAUCAGCCUACGAUCUCGGCGGCACAGUACGACUAAUUGUCAACAACCAAAUCGGUUUCACUGCUGACCCGGAAUCCUCGCGAUCAACAACGUACUGUACGGACCUUGCUAAAUCCCCGAAUACUCCUAUCUUCCACGUCAACUCCGAUAGCAUUGAGGAGAUCGUGUUCAUUUGCCAGCUAGCCGCUGAUUGGCGUUCCAAGUUCAAGUCCGAUGCGAUUGUCGAUAUUGUCUGCUACCGCAAGUUUGGACACAACGAAACGGACCAGCCGCGUUUUACCCAGCCACUCAUGUACCAGAAGAUUGCAACAUCGAGAAAGAGCGCCAUCUGGGACAAACUGAGCCAGUCGUUCGAGUCGGCGAAGACGUACACGCCGGAAGUCCAGGGUCCUCCCAAAGCUUGGAAGGGUCUGCCCAGCCUGCAGCAGCUUGCUGUAGAGACAUUCCCAACGAACCCGACUGCCGUCGCCGCCGACAAGAUUCAACAGAUUAUUGAGAGAAUCACGAGUGCGCCUGAGAGUUUCACGCUUCAUAACAACUUGAAGCGGAUCUUGGACGGUCGGCAAAAGGCAGCCGAACAGGACAUUAUUGACUGGACCGCUGCUGAGGCUCUCGCUCUGGGCUCACUGUCUCUGGAGGGCCACCAUAAAACCGGGGAGACUUUCACCCCACUUGCAAAUCUUUCUGAAGGACAAGACCCUUUUUUGAUCGAGAAUUCGCCCCUGAGUGAGUACGGCGCCCUUGGAUUCGAGUACGGCGUGACAAUAGCCGAUCCCCAUUCUCUGGUUAUCUGGGAGGCUCAGUUUGGCGACUUUGUCAACACCGCGCAGGUCAUGAUUGGCAACAUCAUCAGCGGGGCGGAAACGAAGUGGGGGGACCGUUCUGGUCUCGUACUCUCUCUCCCCCACGGCCUCGACGGCCAGGGCCCUGAGCACUCAUCCUCUCGAAUUGAGCGAUUCCUCAUGCUGAGCAGCGAGAGCGGUACGGUGUGGCCCAAGGAUCUCGGGAGACAGCAUCAAGACUGCAACAUGCAGAUUAUCUACCCAACCACCCCGGCUAAUUAUUUCCACGCGUUGGGGCGUCAGCUCCGCCGCGAUUUCCGCAAACCUCUCAUAAUCUUCCUCUCCAGGUCUCUGUUGUGCCAUGUGCUCACGCGGUCUCCCAAGUCCGACUUAGUAGGCGACUCAACCUUCGAGCCGGUAAUCGCAGACCCGGAGCACGGAAAGACCAUCGGAGCCCCAGAUACAAUCUCUCGAGUAAUCCUCUGCACUGGCCAGGUCUAUGCCACUCUGCGGAAACACCGGGAGAGAAAUGAUAUCCGAGACGUGGUCAUUGUUCGGGUCGAAGAACUAAACCCGUUCCCCUUCGCCCAGCUCAAAGCAUGUCUCGAUCGAUAUCCAAAUGCACGUACCGUAGUUUGGGCACAAGAGGAACAUUACAACGGUGGGGCUUGGCAUCAUGUGCGCGACCGCGUCAGUACGGUCCUGAAGGGGACGGAGCACCACACCCAGAGGCGUGUUGUGUACGCUGGUCGGGCAGUCAGCGCGACGACGGCUGCUGCAAAGAAGAAGGUCCAUUUGCAAGAGGAAGAAGCAAUGGUGAGAGACGCUUUCAGCGUGUCAGAGUGGCAAAGGCCACAAGAGGAGGCACGGGAAUAG